AGGUACGAACGUGUUCUCUUUUUUCACUGCAGCUGCUGAUGAAAGAAACGCGCCUCAAGCCGCCACAGAGAAGCACAUCGAGCCAUCAGAAACAGCAAAGCUACUUUACGAGAGAAAAGGUUUUACAAAGUGUAGCCAUCAAAACAAGGGUUGGCGUUUGUUUGUUUGUUUUUUGAAUACACACGCAUAUACACUCCAACAGUAUACCUAUAUCCAUGCACCGUACUUCUGAACCGGCGAGCAGCACCGCGCUGUCAGGACUCGCGCAAGGCUUCUGGCUUGGCGUUGCGGCCAUCCUUCUCUGCACUGCCGUGUUGGUCCUUGCGCUCCGCAUUACGCAACGGUGCUGCUGCAUGGCGCAUCGCACCUCCGCCGCAGACAGCUUUGCGUCGGAUGGCGGAGGGAAGGCGGUGUCCGAAGGUGCUGGAGAAGUUAAAUGGAAUGUCGACUCAACGGCGUUAAAGCGGACAGCCCCUCCUGUCGGCUCGUCCGACGCGAUCGGGCCCGCUCCACCCGCACCGGCGCAGCCCGCGCUCGCCACUACUUUAUCCACUUUACCUGACGCAUCUACGUCCUUGGAAUCGGCACCUUUACGCGAUGCUUUUUUCCCUUCGUACGGCGCCAGCGAGGCACCCAGACGACUCUCACACCCCUAUAACGUGUCCAACUCAGAGGCUGCCGUGCCGCCGGCGCCUCCGCAAGACACCGGCAGCUCUCACGUGUCUCUGCUAACGCGUUACCACAAGAGCGUAGGCGCGCCGUCGCUGCCUCAGUUGGGGGCUGCACAAGACGCAGACGAGCUCGAGGAGAAGUACGCCGGUGACGUAGCAGCACAGCAAACGCUAGCUCCACGGCAGCACGCUUUGCCAGACACCUCUGAUGAUGCCCCCGACGCGGCUGGAGAAGGGAAAGUGCGUGCGACUCCGCUACCGCCGUCCGCACCUGAUGUACUCCCUUCCCUGCCUCCUCUUUCCUCUCAAGCGAACGGAGUCUCAGGAGACAGCACCGCAGCUGUGAUGAACGCCCACCACAGCAAGCCAAAAAAUGGCAGCUGCCACACCUCUCCAAGAGCAGUGGUGAUGGCGGAGCACAACGAAGAAGACGGCGGCGAGGCGGCUACCACACCGCAAGGCAGACUUCAAGCAGUACGGCACGCACACUGUGAAGAGCUGGAGCGUGCGCAAGACGAGCUGCGCGCUGCUCUCGUUGCCAAAGAGGAGGCAGAGGCGGCGCGGUUGCGCAUUACGGAGGAGGUGCGGGACAUGGAGCGGUACAAGGGUACACUGGACGGCAUUAUCGCCUUCACGCUGCGCGAGUUGGAGGACGCCGCGGGGGGCGUAGAGGAGGCGGAAGCACAGAUGCGGCGCGAGUCGACGCUGGCGCUGCAGAACGUGUUGGCUGCGCAAGAGUCGUUGCGGCAGACACCCUUGGAGACUGGGCUGUGA